ACAAACCAUCCACGUCAGAAAAGAGAACCGCUCUUGGGAUUCUUGGUAGAGCUAUCCGAAUGCCUCAUCGACGAAGGGAAAAAGAAUGCGAAAAUUCAGCGCAAAGUUCGAACAGGACCGGUCUCCGCAAUGAAGAAAAAAAUUAAACAAAAUCUGGGAGAUCAUUUGCCACAAAGAACGAACAAGAGACAACGAUGCGUAAAUUGUGCUAAAAAGGGCAAAGAGAGCCGUACGAAUCAGAUUUGCAUUGCUUGCAACUUGGCAUUUUGUAAAAAAUGUUUUACUCCUUGCCAUCAGAUAUAAAUAAAAUGUCUUAUAAGAUAAAAUUGAAUAUAGAAACGACAAAAUAAAAUGAAAUCGAGUGUUUUUAUCCCAGGACAAUAUCACCUUUUUAUUAAUAUUUUUGAAUACACAUGGAUUUGGGAUGUUUUUAUCCCAGGACAAUAUCUCCUUUUAGGGAUGCGCUAAAAAUAUAUUAUCAAAUUACUUUUCUUAAAAUAGCCAUAGGAGACGAAAUAAACACAAAAGUUCCCGUCCCGAAACGGUUAAACAGAAAAAGAAUUAAACGUUAAAAAGCAAACAAAAAGUGGAGCGAAAAAGAAAUGCAGAGUAUACUGGAUUUCUUGCAGGAAGCUCCAGAAGUAGAGGCACCAAUUUCAUGCAAAGUGUUGCAGAUGUGCCCACACUUUAAUCAGCUUAAACAUAUUUUUGGGAAAAAAGCCACAAGUGAAUUACCUUUGGAAGUGGUUGAUAGUGGCAGUACGUCCAUAAUGAAUGAAAGCGCGGCCAGCCAAAUACUGGAAAUCACUUUUUCUGAUGUCGGCGGAGAAAUUGCGUCCCCAAUUGACAUUGCCAAUACUGAAAAUCUACCACCAGGCAAAGUAAGUGAAGUAAUUGUUCCUGAAAAAGCAAAAGAUUUCGCGGAAAAAAUGAAAAAAUAUGUCCCAAAAUCAUCUGCUGCAAAUCUUGUUGCUUUUCAAGAUGAGCUUAGGCAAAUGUUUAAAAUGGAAAUAGAAUGGGAAAAAGAGAAACAUGAAAAAGAUCACGCUUUGAAUGAAAGAAGAUUGCAAGCAGGAAUUGAAAGAGGUAAAGCUGAAAUAAUAUUCAAGAACCGUGAAUUGGACUUAAAAAUCUUAGAAUUGGAAAAGGAUGAAAGAUUGAAAAAACUUAAACUUGAAAAGGUGGAACGCUUACAAAAGUUCGAAAUCGAAAUGAAAUAUAAGUAUUCCUCUCAACAUUCCAAUUCCUCUCUCGACAAACAAAAACCCAACUCUAUAAGUCACUCAUAAUUCCCGUCCUGCUAUAUGGUGCAGAGUCUUGGACGAUGUCAACAACGGAUGAAUCGACGUUGCGAGUUUUCGAGAGAAAAGUUCUGCGAAAGAUUUUUGGCCCUUUGCGCGUUAGCCACGGCGAAUACCGCAUUCGAUGGAACGAUGAGCUGUACGAGAUAUACGACGACAUCGACAUAGUUCAGCGAAUUAAAAGACAGCGGCUACACUGGCUAGGUCAAGUUGUCCGGCGCGCUGUUGUUAACUCGGCUAUAAUCGCGUAAGCGGUGUCUACGCCAAUUAAGAAGAAGAAGUUCGAAUUACUGUUGAGAUGAAUACUUAUUUAAUACGGUUAUUGAUGUUUUACUAUCUUCUAUCAUUCAAAGCGUUAUCUUUUUCAUGUUUGUCUUGUACUAAAUGCUUAAAUUAAAAUAACCAUUUAUUUUGUAUAAAUUAUAUUUUUGUGGUUUCACACAGAUUUUAUUGUUUAAUUAAUGUUUAUAAAGAUGGAUGAAUACAACUGAAUAUAGAUGAAUAUAACUUUUAAGUUUAUGAGGAUUCAACUCCUCUUGCUGAUGGCCACUUUUAUAUUAAUCGAUCCAAUGAUUUUGCAUUUACUCAUAACCUUCUGACGCUGUCAACUAGCGUCAGUAUUUUUCCGCAUUAUUAGUACCGUUAUGCAUUGAAUGUGUUGGAAUUCCAGGAAUGUGAACGUCAUCAUCCCUAUUUACUUUGUGGUUGAUGCAGGGUUGCUGCGUUUGACAGCAAAGCAUCAAAAUUCUUACGUUAUUCCAGGAAUAAGAAAAUGAAGAACAAAAUAGAUGAGUCAAAAGCGAUUUCCAACAUAACCUAGCAUACGAAAA